AUGACCUCAGCAACCUCAGAAGAUGUCCCCUUUCCAUGGCAUCUGGGCGUCUUCGACGCCCACUGCCACGCUACAGACACCAUGAGUCUUGUCUCUUCAAUACCAAGCAUGAAAGCCAAAGUAUUAACGGUCAUGGCAACUCGAGGUCAAGAUCAGGAACUUGUAGCUCAAGUCGCUGAUACUUAUAGUCUCAAGACAUCAUCCGAUGUAAGAAGCCUGUCUGGGAAUGAGUGCUUAGUCCCUUGUUUUGGAUGGCAUCCAUGGUUUUCCCAUCAAAUGUACAACGAUACAGAAAAAGAUCUUCCAGAUGUCACAUCUGAAGACUUCAAGGUCCGGCAUUAUCAGUCUGUUCUGACGCCCAAACCCGAGGACUCGGCAUUCCUCGACUCACUCCCUCAGCCGAGAUCGUUGAAAGAAUUCUUGCAACAAACUAAGGAUUACUUAGAGAAGUAUCCCGUAGCCCUUGUUGGAGAAAUCGGUCUGGACAAAGCAUUUCGGCUGCCUGGUGUAUGGUCGUCGGACCAAGAGGAGUCAAGAGAUCAAACCCUCACUCGAGGCGGGAGAGAAGGCAGAAAACUCACGCCAUAUCGAGUCCAAAUAGACCACCAAAGAAUUGUUCUGAAAGCACAGUUGAAACUAGCUGGAGCGCUGAAAAGAGCAGUCUCAGUCCACGGCGUUCAAGCUCAUGGCGUUGUAUUUGAAACAUUACAGGAGACAUGGAAGGGCCACGAGAAGGAAGUCCUUAGCAAGAAAGAGCGGAAGAAGAUUGCCGGUACACAACAACCAGAAGAAGACAAGGAACUAGAGAUAGUGGAUGAUAGCCCCAAGCCAUUCCCUCCACGAAUAUGCCUCCAUUCAUACUCCGGACCACCGGACCCUCUAAAACAAUACUUUCAUCCUUCGGUUCCAGCAGAUAUGUACUUUUCUUUUUCUGCGGCCAUCAACAUGUCCACAGCAGCUAGCGCCAAAGCUGUAGAGGUCAUCAAAGCUAUGCCGGAUGACAGAAUUUUGGUCGAGAGUGAUCUCCAUAUUGCUGGAGAGGAGAUGGACAAGAAGCUUGAGGAAAUGUGUCGGAAGAUCUGUGAGAUUAAGGAGUGGAGUCUGGAGAAGGGUGUUGGGAUACUAGGAGAGAACUGGCGUCGGUUUGUGUUUUCAUAA